UUUUUUUCUGACGAGGCCCGAAACCAAAAGGAAUUAGGCCAUCACCAACCCCAUAUCGCGCGGCAGGUGCAGUUGGACCGCGUCAAAUCCCACGGUGGAUAACACGCCACGCUACCCUUUGAAUUUCACCAACUCCGGAUUGCGCGCUAUCCACCGUACAUAUAUUUGCCCUGGUUCGCUUGCGCCCGGUGCAUGCAAUAAUUUCUUCAUCACCAACACCACCUGCCUCCCUUCUAUUAUAUGGGCGCCGCAGGACGAAAGUCUGAGAAGCCCAUUUGAACCCAUCUCCGGUCUCUUUGGAUCCGACCUUGAUUCGAGGGCUGUGGAAGAAGGGGAAUGGUGGAGGCUGCGAGCUCCGGCGGGAAUGCCGAGGGAGCGGAACUCCUCUUGCCGGAGUCCCACGAGCGGGAGCCAUCAUGGCGGCUCAACUUCGAGGGGUUCCGGCGGUCGGAUCUCCAAGAGAAGCCCCCCCGUGCCCUCCAGGACUGCCUGGGAGUCUUAGGCACUGGAGAUGUUGUGGCAGAAUAUUAUCAGCAGCAGGUAGAAAUGCUGGAGGGAUUUAAUGAAAUGGAUGCCUUGACUGAUCGUGGUUUUCUUCCUGGAAUGUCAAAGGAAGAACGUGAAAAGGUUGCCAGAAGUGAGACAACAGCCAUCCGUAUAUCAAAUAUUGCAAACAUGGUUCUCUUUGCUGCAAAAGUUUAUGCUUCAAUAAGGAGUAGUUCUCUAGCAAUCAUUGCAUCUACAUUGGACUCACUUCUUGAUCUGUUAUCCGGUUUUAUCCUAUGGUUUACUGCAUUCUCUAUGCAAACACCAAAUCCUUACCAAUACCCUAUCGGGAAAAGGCGCAUGCAGCCACUGGGAAUUCUCGUGUUCGCAUCUGUUAUGGCAACAUUAGGUCUCCAGAUUAUUUUAGAGUCGGUGCGCUCGUUGAUAUCUGAUGAGGAUGACUUCAGCUUGACCAAGGAGCAAGAAGCAUGGGUGGUAGACAUUAUGCUAGCAGUGACACUUGUGAAGCUUGUUCUGGUUGUGUAUUGCCGCUCAUUCACUAAUGAGAUCGUCAAAGCUUAUGCACAAGACCACUUCUUUGAUGUCAUCACCAAUGUCAUUGGCCUUGUGGCUGCACUACUUGCCAACUAUGUAAAAGACUGGAUUGACCCUGUUGGAGCUAUCAUCCUGGCACUAUACACCAUCAGAACAUGGUCAAUGACCGUUCUGGAAAAUGUGAACUCAUUGGUAGGCCGAUCAGCAGCACCGGAAUAUCUACAAAAGCUGACUUACCUCUGCUGGAACCACCACAAGGCCAUCAGGCACAUCGACACUGUGAGGGCAUACACAUUUGGUUCCCAUUACUUUGUGGAGGUGGAUAUUGUAUUGCCAUCAGAUAUGCCCCUGAGAGAAGCACACGACAUUGGGGAGGCCUUGCAGGAGAAACUCGAGCUAUUGCCCGAGAUAGAGCGUGCCUUUGUCCACCUUGACUAUGAGUUCACCCAUCGUCCUGAGCAUGCCCAAGCCCAUGAUACAUAGCCUCCUGAAGUUGGACUUCUUCUUAAGCGGAUCAUGGAAAUAUAUUGACCAUGUGAGAAGGAUUCAUCUUUAGUAGAUCUGAUAUGCCCGUCACCUGGGUUCAAUCUUGAACCAUAGCAAUAGCUUAUGGUUGAUGCAACAAUGUGAAUUAUGGCUAAGAAUUAUUAGUAUUUUCACAUGCAAAGCUUUUUCUGAGAGAAUUUGUGCAAACAAAAUUAUACUCUGCUUAAAGUUUUUGGAGCACUAUAGUGGAUAUGGAGGGCUUCCUCAUCCUUGACAUGUGCUGUAAA